ACUUGGCUGAUGCCAAACAGUGGCCGAUGCCAAUGCUUUUUCUUCCUCUUUUGGUUUAUGUGAAAGGAAAAUUCUACUGUCAGUCACUAUUUACUCAUCAGCCCCUACACACCUAGCUUCUUCUUCCUCUUCGUGAAAUUUGUCUGGGCGCCCUACCAUUUCGUUUGCCCCACAUUCUCACUCGCAUUUGGAUUUCACUCAUGAAACCCAAUGAAUUCUCACAACAUCCAAGCGGGAGAAGCAAAUCCAAAUAAACAAUGGUCCUUACAAGAUUUCGAGCUGAACCUUGAUACUCGAAUAUGCUCAUGGUGGCGAGCUUUAUGGGCAGCUUAGGAAAAGCAGCCAUCUUUGUGAGAACCAAGCCACCACCGUAAACAACUCUCUCUCUCUCCCACCCGAAAUCUUAUCGUACACAAACUUUUUGUGUUACCCAGUCUGAGAGAAAUCCCGAUGUAUGUCCCUUGUGAAUUUUAGUACAUUUUGAGCCUCAAGCAAGCAUUGGCGUAUUGUCAUGAGAAGCAUGUGAUUCAUAGGGACAUCAAGCCAAAAAAUUUGUUGCUUGAUCACGAGAUUUUGGAUGGUCUGUACAGUCGAGAAGCAAGAGACACACCAUGUGUGGAACUUUGGAUUAUUUAGCACCAGAAAUGGUGGAGAACAAAGCUCAUGACUACGCCAUUGGUAGCUGGACUUUGGGUAUCCUUUGUUAUGAGUUCCUUUAUGAUGUCGCUCCAUUUAAGGCUAAAAGUCAAAGCGAUGCCUUUAGAAGGAUACUGAAGGUUGACCUGAGCUUCCCUUCCACUCCUCAUGUUACUAGCCAAGGAUCUCAUUCUUCAGCAUCUGGUGAAGGACUCCUCAAAACGGCUCUCUCGUCAAAAGAUCAUGGAGCAUCCUUUGAUAGUCAAGAAAGCAGAUCCUACGGGGAAUUUGCAGUAACUAAGAGUUUGAACUUUUGAUCUGAUUCCCUAUGGCUUUGAGAAACUCGUAUGGUCGAAUUUUGCUUCUAAUGGCAUAAUUUGUAGCCAAAUGAAGCAACUUCCAGGGUUCGUUGUAAUCUCUAAUCUGCCUUCACACUAUGCUAUACUCAAUGACUCCGAAGCAUUGAUUUACAAAACAUAGCUUGAGUCUCGUGUAUGAUGCCAUUUGUAUAUGAGAGUAUGUUCUCUUUCUAGUUCAGUGUAGGUAACAACUAUUGUUUAGAUAAUUGGAUGUUUGAAUUAACUUCCUGCAUGUGUUGUUGAAACCAUUUAAUUAUCAUUUCAAAUGUAAA